GUUUGUUGCCCGUGAAGGAUGCCUUCUGCCAACCCUAAACUAGAAAAACAGGCCUCUACGGAGACCGUAGAUCCCAUACGCCAAGCGAUUAUCGUUAUCGAACAUAAGAUACGGAAUCUUGAAAAGCGUAAGGUGAAGUUAGAAUCAUACAGGGAUCUACAGAAGAAUGGAAGGGAACUAAAUGCAGAUCAAAAAACAGCAGUGGCCAAAUAUGAUGAAGUAUUACAGACAUUGGAUAUCACAAAGGAACUAUAUAAACAAAUUGUUGGUAUUGCAAGUGAUGCAGUUAAGCAACAGAAAAAAUUGGCAAGGAAAGAAGCUAUUGAGAGAAUGCAACAAGAUAUUGCAAAGGUGAAAGAAGUUCUUCUUAUACAAGAUGCACUAAUGAAUAUGGGUUCAGAAUCUGUUAGAGAAGAUUUUCUUGCUGGAAGAAAUGGUGCUGUGAAACUAUCAGAACAGGAUUUAAAAUAUUUGGACAGCUUAUACAAUGAGGUUAUGAUGAAACACCAUAGAGAAGAAGGUGAACCAACAUUUCCCCAACAAGUGCAAAAAGUAGCAGAACAUUAUGUAGCCAUUGUUGAUGGAAAGCAAAGAGAAGUUGUUGGUACAACUUAUAACAAAUUAAAGGAAAUUAUUGCUUCUAUUAACCAAUGUGGCUAUUUUGAUCAAGUUCAUGAAACUGAAGCUGUAGUAGAAGAAGUUGUAGAGGCAGUAGCAGAGCCUCAAAUAUCAGAAACUCCUGCACAAGAUCAAGUCAAUGAAGAAUAUAAUAGCAAUGAUAGACACAUUCCACCUGAGUCCAUGAUUCCCAUUCCUAAUUUUCCAGUACAAGUUGCUCCUCUCCCUGUUGUUCCUGCCACCACCCCAGUUUCUGGCCCUAUUCCUGUAGUUGCACAACCCAUUCCACCACAUCCAGCUGCACCAGUUGAAACAUCUUACUAUACAAAUGCUACAGGAUUUGUUCCUCAACCACAACAGCAACAACAACCUCAACAAACUCAGCAACAACCACCACAAGCUCCUAGAAUUAAUGAUGUUAUAGGCACACCAAACUUCUUUUUCUUGCAAGAAUCGGAGCUUGAUUCACCGGAUGUUACAUCACAAGCACCUAUCGUUUUCGCAAAUGCACCGGUAGUACCACAACAAGUUAUAUACCAACAUCAACCACCACAGGAUAUGUCCCACAUUCCUGGAUUUGCUAAUCCUAAUCCACCUCCACCUAUUCCAAUGCCACCUUCUCAUCAACAACCAAAUAUGCAGUAUAGUCCUCAACAUCCUACCAAUUUUCAACAGCAGCCACAACAACAACAACAGCAGCAACCGCAAGCUCCUCCGCAACAAAUGUCGCAACAAGCACAAACUCCGAAUUUUGAACAUCCACAAGAAAGUCAACCACAACCUGCUGAAGAAAAACCUGAGGAAAACCAUGAUGAAACAGCAGCACCUGAGGCAGAAUUAGAGCAACCAAGUGAAUCAGUGGAUUGGUGCCAGAUGACUGAGACUAAUGAUUGGAAUCAGACAGAGCCAUCACAACAACCUGCACAAGAUUCACAACAGACACAGCAACCAACAUCUCAGCAAGCUUGGGGUGAUCAACAACGUAGUGCAUACAGGGGCAGGGGUGGUAGAAGGGGUAAUUCUAAUGGGUACAAUGGAAGAGGUAGGGGUGGUGGUUAUCAACAAAAUGGACGUGGAGGACAAGGAACAUACUAUCGCAAUGACAGUAACUAUCAGAAUGGCUAUCAACAACGAUCUUGGGGAAAUAGCGAAGGAAAUAGUGGUUACAAUUCUGGUUAUAAAAGAGGUGGUGGUGGACCAAGAGGAGGUCCUCGAGGUGAGCGUGGUAUGGAUAGAGGUGGCCGAGGACAGUUUCGCAGCCAAAGGGGUGGAAAUCGUAGCGGUUAUACACCCCGUGGUAAACCCCAUACGCAACAGUAAUACAACUACGAUAGAAUAAUGCACAGUGAAACAUAAAUAAUGCUGUAAGAUCAAUUCAAUUGUCUAUUUAUGAAAAAACCUAAGUCGUACCUUCAAAAUGAGCAAAGACUUGGGAAGAAAUUGUACACUAAGUUGUAUACAUGAAUUUUAGUAUGUAAAGUAGUAACUUCAACGUUCCAGAUUGUUGUUCGAUAGUUAUGUGAAAUACACAAGGAGAAGAAAACUGAACUACGACUAAAUAAUUAUCUUUAUAUACGUCAAGUAUAUAACACUGAGGAAAGAAGAUGCUGAUAAUUAUGUUAUUUUACAUGUAAGAAUGUUGCAUUUAACUGAUGGGAGAAGAAGUACAUUUUGGUAUAUUUUUCUGCGGCUUAGGAUAUUUCCUAAAUAAGACAUUGAAUACCAAAAUUUUGCAUUUGAAUUUGGUAUUUACAAUUAUCAAAAGAAAGAUCUAUUAAUAUUAACGAAAAAGUUAUGCAGACGUAACAUUGUGAUAUAAAAAGAGAUCAACCAAAUUUAGAAGCGUGAACCCACCAUGCAAGUAUUAUUGUGUUGUGACAGAAGGCAGUUUUCACAGGGCAACAACAGCUGAUCAACAAAGAUUAGAAAAAUAAUUUUAUUAUAAAAAAAUACAAAAAAAAUGAGAACUCAUACAAGCAUUUCACGCAAAGACACAAGGGUGUAUUUAACGAAUAACGUUAAAAUGAUUACACAAAUAGAUGAACUGCACGACCAUCUCUUUGUCUUGCGGCGCAUCGUUCUAGAGAAUUUUUUAAGA